AUGGGUAACAUCGGAUUACACACUAGAAACGUCAUCCAGAAAGUAAUAUCUGCAAUCUAUCCAUAUGCCAAAGUUGUGCUUCCGAAUUUCAGAGCCGUCCACUACUUCUAUAUCAUCACCUGUGCCAUUGUGGGGUCUAUCUUGGUGUACCCGGUCAAGACCGCGCGUUAUAUCGAUGUGCUAUUCUUCACCAGCGGCGCCUCGACUCAGGCAGGCCUAAACACGGUUGAUCUCGUGGACCUUUCCCUAUACCAGCAGAUCACCUUAUAUUUAUUAGCGUGGUUAACCACCCCGAUCUUCAUCCACGGGUCCUUACUUUUCGUGCGACUAUACUACUUUGAGCGGCAUUUUGACAAUAUAAAGGAAAGAUCCAAGUUGGAUUUCAAGAUGAGGCGAACCGCCACUUUGGCGAGACAGAGAACUGGGGCCUCGAUGAAUUCGACAGAAAUGAACACCGCCAAUAACGAAGCCUUGGGCAUUUACCACAAGGAAAAGGGCUCGGAAACUCCCCAGUCGUCGACACUGACGGGUAGGCACGCUGGCAGUGUCAACAACAACAUCAACAAUAAUGUAGAGCAUUAUUCGGAGCCGUCGGACGAUGAAAAGAUGUAUCUUGAACCAGAGCAUCCGGAGGAAAACAAGUCGCACGGAAUCCAGUUUGCAGCUUUGCCGCACCCGCGAAGACGGAAAUCUGUCGAUCCAGAAGAUAUGAUGCGGUCCAUCAAUAUGUUGCAGGAGGAGCAAAAGACAAAGAACAACAAGCGCAAUUCCAUCCUGUUUAUAAACGUGAGCUCGCCGUCAAAGAGCAGGGCAAACUCCUCGCACAAGAGACAUCUAAGCGACGUUGGCACCAAUGCUAGUCCGCGAACAGGUGCUAACCAUGACGACGACGAUGACGAUGUGCUUGUUAUCAAGCCGCCAACUGAAAUUGAAAAUUCGGGAAGUCUAAAUCCUAUAUUCACAAAGAAGCACCCCGAGCAUUUAUUGCAGUUCAAGGAGCCUCUCAGGAAGAAAAAUUGGUUGCAAGGAGGGGGAGGUGGGAGAACAGGUGGAGUUCGUGCGAAAAGACAUUACCGUCCUUGGACUAGCAAAUUGAAAAAGUCCUUCUCCAAUCGAAAAUUCUCCUCUACCUCGACUGAAGCUGAAGACGAUGACGAGGACGAAAACGAUGAUGAUGAUGAAGAAGAAGAUGAUGAUGAUGAAUCGAUUGACUCGGAACACCUAAGUCAUAGGGAUGAUCUUCAUAGCACCCAUCACUCAGAAGGCGAUGACGACGGUGACGAUGAUGAUGACGAUGUUGAUGACGAUGAUGAUGAUGAUGAAGACGAUGAUGGAGAUGACGAAGACGAUGAUAACGAACAUGCAGUGGUUGAUAAUGAGGAAGACGCAAACGAUGAAGAGGGCGAGUCAAAGCUUCCACAUGUUACAAGUGCGCCAAAGAGCUCAAAUGACAUUCAUUUCGUCGAGCCUAGCCGAAACCGCGAGAAGCAGAAGCAGAAUGCAGCAAGAAAAAGGCAAAACAAAAAGAUCAAGAAAAAACCGUUUGACCUUCGAAGGAUAAAGACUCCUAGUUUGCACGCGUUCCAUUCGCACCAGGAAGGUUCGAUACGAAAUGCCCCCACCAACGAUUUGGAAACUACUUCGAGCAGUCUUUCUCGAACCAUGAGUGGAAACUACUUGUCAUGGACACCCACCGUGGGGAGAAACUCCACAUUCAUCAAGAUGACCGAGGAGCAAAAAGAAGAAUUGGGCGGUAUCGAGUACAGAGCAGUAAAAUUGCUCAUCAAGAUUAUCCUCAUCUACUAUUUUGGCUUCCACAUAUUGCCAGCGUUUAUGUUUUUGAUCUGGGUUUAUUGUAUGCCCAACUACAAGAACAUGUUGAACGAAAUGGGGAUUGUGCCCGGUUGGUGGGCCUUUUUCACCAUAAGCUCCUCUUUUAACGAUUUGGGAUUCACGUUGACCCCAAACUCGAUGGUCUCGUUUAACCAAAACGCCUUUGUCCAGAUUGUGGGGUCCUUCUUGAUUGUGAUUGGCAACACGGGUUUCCCUGUUUUUCUCCGGUUCAUAAUAUGGAUCAUGUUUAUAACUGCCAAACCUUUGUCUUUGUAUAAAGAGUCAUUGGGGUUUUUAUUGGACCAUCCGCGUCGUUGCUUCACGUUGUUGUUCCCGCUGAUCCCCACGUGGUGGCUAUUUUUCAUCUUGAUUGUGUUGAACGGGUUUGAUUUGGUCAUCUUUUGCAUAUUGGAUUUGAACAGCUCCAUGUUUGACGGCAUCCCCAAAGGAUAUCGGGUCUUGAAUGGUCUUUUUCAAGCGUUCUGUACGCGUACAUCGGGGUUCGCCAUUAUGGAUUUGUCGCAGUUGCACGCAGCCACCUUGGUGAGCUAUUUGAUCAUGAUGUACAUCUCGGUUUUGCCGAUUGCCAUCUCGGUGAGAAGGACCAAUGUCUACGAGGAGCAGAGCUUGGGCGUUUACGCCCCCGAUGAGGGUAAAAAGGAAGCCGACGAGAAGGCGCCGUCUAAUUACGUUGGCGCCCACUUGCGGAACCAACUUUCUUACGACUUGUGGUAUAUUUUCUUGGGUUUAUUUGUCAUUUGCAUCGCCGAGGGGAAGAAAUUGCAACAGAGCGACGUCCGGUUCCUGAUCUUUGCCGUACUUUUUGAAAUUAUUAGUGCUUAUGGUACGGUUGGGUUGUCGCUUGGGUACCCCGACGUCAACACCUCCUUGAGUGGGAAAUUCAACGUCAUCUCAAAGCUUGUCAUCAUCGCCAUGAUGAUCAGAGGCCGCCAUAGAGGCUUACCGUAUGCCAUCGAUAGAGCCAUCAUGUUGCCUGAUGCAGACAUGAAGCGUCAUGACAGGUUACAAGAGAAUCACGCUAUUAACCGGCACAGGACAUUGGAAAGAGCCGGAACGUUGAGCCGAGUCGCUACAAUGACAGCAGGCCCACUCGACGGUGGGCACAAUUUAUUGAACCGUGUCUUGACCGACGUGAACAAUUUCAUUGAAAAGCGACGAGGCAGCAAAGCCAGCUUGAACGGAGAAGAGUCUGCUCAACAGUCUACGCAUUCAAGCAACACACGAUAUCACGUAACCUCAGUGGAUCAGGUCUAG